AUGGGUUUCAAUAUUGGCGAUACACCUCGAGAAGUGUUGAACUGGAAGCUCUUUUGGAGCGCCGGUGUGUUUGGUCUCCUUGGUGCUAGCCGUGGUCUCGAUGAGGCAUUAGUGGGUGGUAUGGUCAGCCUACAAAGCUUUAAGGACGAAUUUCAUUUGGAUGCGGGAUCCGAAAGCCACCAGGCCAAUGUUCUCUCCAAUAUUACGAGCAUGGUUCAGCUUGGCAGUAUCGUUGGUUCAUUCCUAGCUUUCCUUCUUUGCGACCGGUUUGGCCGUGUCCGUACUCUGCAAAGUCUGUGUCUGCUAUGGCUCACGGGUUUUGUAAUCGUCAUUGUGAGCUAUGGCAAUGUUCCCCAAAUCCUUGCGGGCCGUUUCAUUGCCGGCUUGGGGAUCGGAAUGACUACAGUUGUUAGUCCAAUGUAUAUUGCUGAGAUCGCGCCGAAGAGUGUGCGUGGUAUGUUGACUAACAUAUUCGCUGGCUCGGUCUACCUGGGGGCUACCAUCGCUUUCUUCAGCAACUGGAGGGCGUCAGUUAAUUUGCCGAAUAAUUCACGUUGGCAGUGGGUUGCACCCCAAUUUUCGCAUAUUGGAUUCGCGGCCUUCUUCCUUGUGUUAUCUUUCACUAUUCCUGAAACCCCUCGAUUCUACACAAUCAAGGGAAAACAUGAGAUGGCGGAAAAGGCACUCGCAAAUAUUCGAUGCUUAGAGGCGAGUCACCCAUAUCUCCAGGCUGAGAUUGUUGGUAUUCGAAAUCAGCUUGAGCGAGAGCAGGAGGCAUCUCACGGUGUGUCCCGAUGGGGCAAGGUCCGUGAGCUUUUGUUGGUUCCUGCGAAUCGAUAUCGUCUGAUGCUCGGCUUUAUGUCUCAAGUUCUGGGUCAAUGGUCGGGUGCUAGCUCCAUCACAAUCUAUGCAACCGAGUUUUUUGGAGUUCUCGGCAAGACUGGCCAGUCGGAGAAGCUAUUUGCAAGCUGCAUCCUCGGCGUUGUGAAACUGGUCUCUGCCUAUCUUUGUGCAUUCUUAUUGAUUGACUUCAUUGGCCGACGCCGGUCUCUAUACAUGGGCAUCUCCUUACAAACGAUCUCACUGUUGUAUAUUGCAAUUUACCUUGGCGUCGUUGGCACAGAGACUUUGGAUUCCGGAAAUUUGACACCUUCUCAACACCGUGGAGCUGUCGGCUCGAUUGCCAUGAUCUAUAUCUCUGGAAUUGGGUGGACGAUGGGUUGGAACUCAUUCCAGUACCUUGUCAAUGCCGAUAUCUGGCCACUUCGCCUCCGUGCUUUGGGUAGCUCUCUUGUGAUGUGCCUGCAUUUCAUUAACCAGUUCGGCAACACAAAAGCUGUCCCGACCAUGCUUAUUUCAUUGCAAAGCUAUGGAUUCUUCGCUUUCAGUGCGGCUGUCAGUCUCGUGGGUCUUGUCUGGGUGUGGUUCUUCGUCCCAGAACUGGCAGGACGAUCGCUUGAAAGCACGGACAGCCUAUUCUCUCUGCCCUGGUAUCAGGUCGGUCGACGAGGCGCUCAGCUAAGCCCAGACACAGAUGGUGACCAGACUCAGGAGCAGGAGAAGAACCCGAGAAUCAUGGAUACCAAGCAUGUGGAAUAUGCAACGGCGGUCUAA